AUGUACCUCGGGUGGAUCCCGAGAGGUUCCCCAGGUCCCUCUUUUUACCUCUUCCUCUCUUGGUCUACACAAUGGAAGUCUGCGCAUGCAUCAUUCCUGCCCUUGUCAUGGAUGAUGGGCGCCGGCCAACCCCUCGCUCGACUCGUCUGUGCCGAGCUUGCGACGGCACUCGCCCAGGUCCAACGCGCCAAAACCCCCGUCGGGAGCUGUCUUCUUCAUAAUUACAUGGUGCCUUGCAUUCUUCGUCCGUUAGCCAGCAAGCCUACUUAUUCCGUCUAUUUCUUCCAGAACAUCCAGCCUCACCUCUCCUUUAUAUUUCUUCCAUCCCAAUCCAAUUGCUCUUGUUCUCCUUGA